AUGGACGGAGCGUACUUCGUAUCUAGGUCUGACAUCUUAGCAUGGAUUAAUACUACCCUUCAGCUGAAUGUCUCUAAAGUCGAAGAGGCAGCUUCGGGGGCUAUCCACUGCCAGCUUAUGGACGCUAUCUACCCGAAUGUCGUCCCUAUGCAUAAAGUCAACUACGAUGCGAAGAAUGAGUACGAAAUGAUUCAGAAUUACAAGGUCCUUCAGGAUGUCUUUGACAAACUCAAGAUAGCAAAGCACAUCGAGGUGAACAAGCUUGUGAAAGGGCGCCCAUUGGACAACCUUGAGUUCAUGCAGUGGAUGAAGCGUUAUUGCGAUACCAUCAGCAAGGGAGUCAUCGAUCCUAGUUACAAUCCUGUGGAACGCCGCAACUCCUCUAAGGGUGGGAAGGAGAUGUUGAGGAAGUUUCCUCAACCUGCUGCCUCUCGGCCUCGCGUGCAACCCCGUGCGCAGCCGGUUAUGAGCAAGCCAGCGACAGGAAAUCCAAGGUCAACUGCCACCCGGGCCUCCUCUGCACCGAACACAACUGAUUACCAGCUGUAUGACAAGCAAGUCCAGGAGCUCCGAGAGCAGAUUUCCGAACACAAGAUGACUAUUGACAGCCUUGAGAAGGAACGGGAUUUUUAUUUCACCAAGCUCAGGGAUAUCGAACUUCUCUGCCAAACGCCUGGUCACGCUACGAUACCGAACGCUGCCGUGCUGAAGAUUCUCUACGCAACAGAAGACGCAGAAGACACUCUGGAUCAGGCGCGCGCUCUUUUGCAAGUAAAUGGCGAGGCAGAAGCGGAAGUUGACAACGAGCAGGAACCUGCCGACGUGGAAGAGGCUGAGGAAGAGCCCCAAGAUGAGGAAGUGUUUAUGGAUGGGUCGAGCGACGUAACUACCCCCCUGGCAACAGUGGAAGUUCAGUAA